GUUCAGAACCACGGUCAGCUCUCAGCGCGUGCUGCUCUCAUUGUCAGUAUAUUGUCGGUACCGUUCGGUACUAAAUUGAAAGACUGCCGGAGGAAACCAGCAAAACAGCAGCCGUGAAUUGUUUUUCCGACCCUCCCCGUGUUAUCUUCCAUUAAAUCAGGCUAUGGUAAACGGAGAGUUAAACGAAGAAAACACGUAAGCAGCAACAAUUUAAUUCGGUGGACGACUACUGGCUGUUGGAGCAGCUUUUUCACUCGCGCUGAGGAGAAGCAAGAACUUGCAUUAAAAUGUUGGACCCAUCAUCCAGCGAGGAGGAGACGGAUGAGGUUGUGGAAGAAGAGCGCAAAGUGGUGGUGGCGCCCAAGGCUGGUGGUCCUCGGGUGUCUCCAAGCAGGACCAGCGAAAGCUCUGGUGGGUUACAGCCAAGCCGAAGCGCUAAUGCCCGACCUACGAGCCCGAGCCCCUCAGUGGCGAUCGAGAAGGAAAAGGAUGAUUUGGAAAAGAUGCAAAGGGAGGAAGAGGAGAGAAAGAAGAGGCUUCAGCUUUAUGUCUUUGUGAUGCGCUGUAUUGCCUACCCGUUUAAUGCGAAGCAGCCGACCGAUAUGGCGAGACGACAGCAAAAGAUCAGCAAGCAGCACCUUCAGACAGUUAAAGAUCGUUUCCAGGCCUUCCUGAAUGGAGAGACUCAGAUUGUAGCCGAUGAAGCCUUCAUCAAUGCUGUCCAAAGUUACUACGAGGUGUUCCUUAAAAGCGACCGUGUGUCCCGUAUGGUCCAAAGCGGUGGUUGCUCCGCCAGUGACUCCCGUGAGGUCUUCAAGAAGCACAUAGAGAAACGUGUCCGCAGCCUGCCGGAGAUCGAUGGUUUGAGCAAGGAGACGGUCCUGAGCUCAUGGAUGGCCAAGUUCGACACCAUCUACAGGGGAGAGGAAGACCCAUGCAAACACCAGCAGCGCAUGACAGCCAGCGCUGCCUCCGAGCUCAUUCUCAGCAAGGACCAGCUGUAUGAGAUGUUCCAACAGAUUCUUGGCAUUAAGAAGUUCGAGCACCAGCUGCUGUAUAAUGCUUGUCAGUUGGAUAAUCCUGAUGAACAGGCUGCCCAGAUCAGAAGAGAGCUGGAUGGACGACUUCAAAUGGCUGAUCAGUUCACAAAAGCUGGCAGGUUCCCCAAGUUUGUGUCCAGGGACAUGGAGGCCAUGUACAUUGAGGAGCUGAAGUCAUCAGUGAACCUGCUGAUGGCCAAUCUGGAGAGCAUGCCGGUGUCUAAAGGAGGAGAGUUUAAACUGCAGAAGCUCAAGAGAGGCCAUAACACCUCCAUCAUUGACAUGGGCCAGGAGGACGAGAAUCAGCUCUCCAAGUCUGACGUAGUUUUGUCUUUCACACUGGAGGUGGUGAUUAUGGAGGUACAGGGUCUAAAGUCUUUAGCACCAAACCGGAUUGUUUACUGCACCAUGGAGGUGGAAGGCGGACAGAAACUUCAGACUGACCAGGCAGAGGCCUCCAAACCAACUUGGGGUACUCAAGGAGACUUCACCACCACUCACCCACUUCCAGCUGUAAAGGUGAAACUCUUCACGGAGAGUACAGGAGUGCUGGCAUUGGAGGAUAAAGAGCUGGGACGGGUUGUGUUGCAUCCAACACCCAAUAGUCCCAAACAAUGUGAUCUCCAUAAAAUGACUGUUGCCAAAGGUUGCCCAGAUGACCUGAAGAUCAAAUUGGCUGUCCGUAUGGACAAACCACAGAACAUGAAGCACUGUGGUUACCUUUGGGCCAUUGGGAAAAACCUGUGGAAAAGAUGGAAGAAGAGGUUCUUCGUCUUGGUGCAGUAUUCACACAAACGUCAACACAUCCAUUUGUCUAGUCCUCAUCUCGUAAAUGUGAGCCAGUACACCUUUGUCAUGUGUAGCUACAGGGAGAAGAAAGCAGAACCUGUUGAACUUCUCCAACUGGACGGAUACACUGUGGAUUACACCGACCCUCAGCCAGGUCUGGAUGGUGCUCGGACGUUCUUCAAUGCUGUGAAGGAGGGAGACACUGUGAUCUUCGCCAGCGAUGAUGAGCAAGAUCGAAUCCUGUGGGUUCAAGCGAUGUAUCGUGCCACAGGCCAGUCCCACAAACCCAUCCCGCCAACCCAGGUGCAGAAACUCAAUGCCAAAGGAGGGACAGCACCACAGCUUGAUGCUCCCAUCUCUCAGUUCUCCGGACUGAAGGAUGCAGACCGAGCACAGAAACAUGGAAUGGAUGAGUUCAUCUCCGCUAACCCCUGCAAUUUUGACCACUCUUCGCUGUUUGAGAUGGUUCAGCGGUUGACACUGGACCACAGACUCAAUGAUUCAUACUCCUGUUUGGGUUGGUUCAGUCCAGGUCAGGUUUUCGUAUUAGAUGAGUACUGUGCCAGGUACGGAGUGCGAGGGUGUCACAGGCACCUGUGUUACCUGAAUGACCUGCUGGAGAGGGCAGAGAAAGGGUCCAUGAUUGACCCCACACUACUGCACUACAGCUACGCCUUCUGCGCCUCUCACGUUCACGGCAACAGUCAAAGAGUGAAUGAGCUACUAAAAUGGCCCAUGUCAGAGACCGAGCUGCUUAGUUCUCUGUUUCCCUCCCCCCCUGAGCCCUUGACUCCCUCUAAGAAAGAGAACAAAAUCAUGGAGGUCUGGAGGAAAAGGGAAUCUAAGUCGCAGGUGCUCGCAGGCCCCAGAAGGCCUGAUGGAAUCGGUACUGUCACAGUAGAAGAGAAGGAACGGUUUGAGGAGAUCAAAGAACGACUCCGCGUGCUGCUCGAAAACCAGAUCACACACUUCAGGUAUUGUUUUCCAUUUGGACGCCCAGAAGGAGCCUUAAAAGCCACGUUGUCACUGCUUGAGAGGGUUUUAAUGAAGGACAUUGUGACACCUGUACCUCAGGACGAGGUGAAGGCAGUGAUCCGUAGAUGUCUGGAGCAGGCAGCAUUAGUGAACUAUCAGCGUCUCUCAGAAUAUGCCAAGGUGGAAGUAGAAAAAUCUCAGAAGGAUCAGAGGGAUCCAGAAAAUGUAGGACGCUUAGUCACACCUGCCAAAAAACUUGAGGACACGCUCCGUCUGGCCGAGCUGGUCAUAGAGGUGCUCCAGCAGAAUGAGGAACAUCAUGCAGAGGCCACACGCCCAAGUACGGGAGGUCAGGCGGGUAAAGAGGCAUUUGCAUGGUGGUCAGAUCUGAUGGUUGAGCAUGCCGAGACGUUUCUUUCUCUAUAUGCUGUGGACAUGGACGCGGCUCUGGAGGUCCAACCUCCAGACAGCUGGGACAGCUUCCCUCUCUUUCAGCUUCUCAAUGACUUCCUGCGCAUUGACUAUCAUUUAUGUAAUGGGAAGUUUCAUAAGCACCUUCAAGAUUUGUUUGCCCCUCUGGUGGUGAGGUAUGUGGAUCUAAUGGAGUCCUCCAUAGCUCAGUCCAUACACAGAGGAUUUGAACGAGAGUCUUGGGAACCUGUCAAGAGUUUAACGAGUAAUUUACCCAGUGUCAACCUACCAAAUGUGAAUCUACAAAUGCCUAAAGUACCAAAUCUACCAUUGUCAGUUAAUCUGCCACCAAUGCAAAUGCCUAGCUUUUCCACCCCCAACUGGAUACCGGGUUUAUCUGAUACUGAUAAUGGUUCAGGGACAUCAGAAGAUUUGUUUUGGAAGCUGGAUGCAUUGCAGACAUUCAUCAGAGACCUGCACUGGCCAGAAGAAGAGUUCUCCAAACACCUGGAGAGCCGACUCAAACUCAUGUCCAGUGACAUGAUCGAGUCCUGUGUAAAAAGAACCAGAGCAGCCUUUGAGGUGAAGUUGCAGAAGAGCCCACGCACUACAGACUUUCGUGUCCCUCAGUCCAUAUGCACCAUGUUCAAUGUUAUGGUGGACGCCAAGGCCCAAUCAGCCAAACUAUGUGCCAUGGAGCUCAGCCAAGAGUUUGUUAGAGAACGGAGACAGUACCACUCGCAAAUUGACAAUCUCAUCGAGGAGACGGUGAAAGAAAUGAUUACUUUACUCGUGGCAAAGUUUGUUGUGAUCCUAGAGAGUGUUCUGGCGAAGUUGUCACGUUAUGAUGAGGGCACACUUUUUUCCUCCUUCCUGUCAUUUACAGUAAAAGCUGCUUCAAAAUAUGUGGACGUACCUAAACCUGGGAUGGAUGUUGCCGACAGCUAUGUGACAUUCGUUCGCCACUCUCAGGAUGUCUUGCGGGACAAGGUCAAUGAGGAGAUGUAUAUAGAAAGGUUAUUUGAUCAAUGGUACACCAGCACAAUGAAUCUCCUGGGCACCUGGCUGAUAGACCGUAUGGACCUGCAGUUGCAUGUGUAUCAGCUGAAAAUCCUCAUCAGAAUUGUAAAGAAAAAGUAUCGUGAUUUCCGACUACAAGGUGUGUUGGACUCCACUCUGAACAGCAAGAUGUAUGAGACGGUGAGAAACAGGCUGAUUCUAGAAGAGGCUACAGCAUCUGUUAGAGAGGGAGGGAUGCAAGGCAUAUCCAUGAAGGACAGCGAUGAGGAAGAUGACUAGAUCCUGCUGAAGACAAUUAGGUGUGGACAAUUCAGUCAGCCAUGUCUAUCGUGGCCUAAAACGAUGCAUGUACCACUGUCCAUCACUCGUACAUGUCUGGAUGUUGUUAACGACGUGCUCUAUGACAUUCAAGGGACCACCUUCAAUUAAAAUGAAACAAAAAUAUAUUAAUCUCUAUUCAGAUGACAAAAACAAAAGCAUAUAUUAACCAAACUUAACAUUAAUUGACACAGUUUG